AUGGUUCUGGCAUAUGAUAAUGCUGAAGCUCGCCCUCCAAGCAUGCAAACAGCAGAACAUGAAGUAAAUUAUGAAAAAGAGGAUAUCACUAUUCCUGAAGAGGAGUGUGAAGAAACUACUCCUGAAGAGGAGUCUGAAGAAACUACUCCUGAAGAGGAGUCUGAAGAAACUACUCCCCCUGAAGAGGAAUGUGAGGAAACUACUCCCCCUGAAGAGGAGUGUGAGGAAACUACUCCCCCUGAAGAGGAGUGUGAGGAAACUACUCCCCCUGAAGAGGAGUGUGAGGAAACUGGCCCCCCUGAAGAGGAAUGUGAGGAAACUACUCCUCCUGAAGAAGAGUGCAAGGAAACUGCUCCUCCUGAAGAAGAGUGUGAGGAAAUUACUCUUCCUGAAGAGGAGUGUACAAUUGAGGAAGAAGUUGAGGAAUGUGAAACUGAAAAGGAAACUGAAUCUCGUGAGGAGGAAAAUGUAGAAGCAUUAGUACAUUUCAAUCUUGAUAAAAAUAUGAUUAAUAUGAAACCUCCGAAAGACUGUAUGCCCGAUAUCACUAUUGGUCCCAAGCCAACUACCUCCGAGUCCACUCCUGGCAACGGCGGUGAGGAAUCUACUACUCUCGAGAAUGGAUCCUCUCCUAACGGCAACGGCGGUGAAGAAUCUACUACUCCCGAGAAUGGAUCCUCUCCUAACGGCAACGGCGGUGAAGAAUCUACUACUCCCGAGAAUGGAUCCUCUCCUAACGGCAACGACAGUGAAGAAUCUACUACUCCCGAGAAUGGAUCCUCUCCUAACGGCAACGACAGUGAAGAAUCUACUACUCCCGAGAAUGGAUCCUCUCCUAACGGCAACGACAGUGAAGAAUCUACUACUCCCGAGAACGGGUCUACCACAAAAACCACUCCAUCCUCAAAACCUACCACAAAAACCACUCCAUCCUCAAAGCCUACCUUAAAGCCCGAAUGUGAAUAGUAUAUAGAAUAGUUUACCGAGCAUCAAUGAAUAAUUAUUAGGAAGUUUAAUUUAUCACAGACUUUAGACCUAACUACGAAAAUGUUUGAUCUAUUUUACUCUAGAUGCAAUCUUAUAAGUAUUAAAGUAUUU